CACUGACAGAUUUAAUUUCAUGUUUACAUUUUUGACGAAGCAAUUGUUAUUUACAUUUCGGCCCUUCAGAUAUUUAAUUUUUUUCAUGCAAAUAAGAAAAUUCAUGUGAAUAUCCAAGACAAUAUAAAAAUUGCUCUGAUUAGGAAUUAUUCAAGUCGAUCUGACCGCCAAACUAAUUUGAAUUUGUAGGUGUGAAUCCGAACUAUGGCAGAAAUUUUGGUAUUAGAAUGGAUGGAAGAGUUCGAAGCCUUAACAGAAAGUGAAAUCCAUACUUAUUCUGCCGAACAAGAACACAAUCAUGAAAUCAUGAUAGCGUUAUUCGAUGUCCUUUCAGAACCUUCAAAAUAUAAGUUUGAUAAUAUGAUAGAUGGUAUAUGUCGUCAGUUAUUAGAUUUCUAUAGAUCAGGAGAAAAACAAUUGAAAAGAUUCACUCUACAGUAUAUACCAAUAUUAGUAUUCCUACAUUUGGGUGAUAAAACGAUAUCUUCCAUACAAACUCUCUUAGUGAGUUUGUAUAAUUUAGAGAUAAUUGAUGCAAAAGGUCAACCUAAAACCUUAACAUUCAGAUUGCCAAGUAUAGCUCAAUCUAGUAUUUAUCAUGAUGCAACAAAUUUAGAACCUUCAUUUAUUGCUGAGAACUCUUUAAGAAGAUGGGAAGAAUGUAAUAAUAAACUGGUUAGUUGGGGACCAUUACCGCAAGUGGAAUGUUUGAAUGCUCAGAAUCGAUACAGAGUUUUAACUGCGCUCAUUUUUCUGUAUAACCAAUAUUUGUCAAGUGCACUACAACAGGGCAUAGAGUGUACUUGUAGGGUUAUAUCAAGACUGGUCACUCAAGGGUUUCAAAAUAACAGAUCGGGAAGAAAUUCAGCAAAUAGUGAUACUGACAGUGUUUCUGCACAGUCUCUUACUUCAACCCGUAGAAUUCCUGUGACUAAUACAUUUUUGAUAGAGUUGAUCAAUAUAGUUCAUAAUGCCAUGCAAAGGGGUAUUAAUGCUGGUCAAACCGCUCUAAAUGAUAUUAUUCACAGAGCAUCCUACGAGACAUACCCAGAUGUACUUCUGGCUGCAAAUGCUGUGAAAAAUCUCCUGCAAUACUCACCAACCAUUGCUGCAACCCCUAGAGUUUCUCACAGCCACAAUGUAUCAAAAUCAAUGAUAACAAAUGCAUCAUUCAGGACAAAGAAAUUACCAGAUGACAUUCCUAUCCAAGACGAACAUCACCAAGAUCCGUUGGAUUCGAUAACAGAGGAACAAGAAGAGACGGAAAAGUCUAAGAGUAAAGGCUCUGUGAGUGCUUUAAAGGGACACUUGCCCAAGUUACCGGGUCUGAGUAAAAAACACAAAGAUAAAAACAAGCCUUCCGAUGUGGAAAUGGCCGCAGCGAGUGGCGACAUGUCUGAAUUAACGAUGAAUAACUCAGAAUUCGGUAAUACGGUUCACAUAAGUGCCGUUUAAAAUGCUGAUGGAUAGGACUUAUGAGGAAUUUCUAUGUGUGGGUUUUGAUCAUUAUCUACUCAUUCUUCAUUCGUGAAAUUUGGAUAUACGAAUACAGUAGAUUUUCAGUAGCAAGGUGUGAUUUUUUUGUUAUUAAUUUUACCUAUGUAUGUUGCAUUUUUAUAUGAACUGGUUUGUUGUAUAGACUAUUUAUGAGAUGUGGAUCUAUAAAAUGUUAUUUAUA